AUGAGCGCCGGACACUACCACAGUCUCGGUCCCUCGGUAAGCGCCAGAGCUUCUCGAUUUGAUACUUCCGUACGCGAUGGCGGAAGCAAGUACCGUAAUGAGGCUCGAGAACUACUCAAUAAAUGGACGAGUCGCGAACGGAACAAUGGGUACUACUCAUAUCGCUUCACUCCGCGAAAGAUCUACGCGGACAGCUCGUCCACAUCGAAGCCUAUGGAGAACGCGGCUGCCAAUGGAUAUCUGAACAAGACCAAUGAAUAUCCACACCUCGCGCGGAGCGACCAUGGCGCCAACGACUCGCCGAAUCGUCGCGAAUUCGCGCGUCGCUCGGCGACGACUAUCGAUCACGUAACGGAUCUACAGAUAGCUCAACCUACGGCUCUCGUACAAGGGCGUCCACCUCAUACACUCCUUCGUUUGCACUAUCCUAUAGCCGAACAAAAGCCGACGAACCAAAGGAAGUGAUGUCAAGAAGCUAUUCACCCAUUCGUCCACGAUAUGAGACAUCAUACAGGUCAAUGA